GGAGCUGGCGGCGUCGGGAAGAGCGCGUUGACCAUCCAGCUCAUCCAGAACCACUUCGUGGACGAGUACGACCCCACCAUCGAGGAUUCGUACAGAAAGCAGGUUGUCAUUGAUGGAGAGACGUGCUUGUUAGAUAUUCUGGACACUGCAGGACAGGAAGAAUACAGUGCUAUGCGAGAUCAGUACAUGAGAACUGGGGAAGGAUUCCUUUGUGUGUUUGCCAUUAACAACAGUAAAUCAUUCGCUGAUAUUAACCUUUACAGAGAGCAAAUCAAGAGAGUGAAAGACUCAGACGAUGUGCCAAUGGUGCUGGUUGGGAAUAAGUGUGAUUUGCCCACAAGGACAGUAGAUACAAAACAGGCUCAAGAAUUAGCAAAAAGUUAUGGCAUUCCCUUCAUAGAGACAUCAGCUAAAACGAGACAGGUAAGAUGUUUCUGUUCUUUGGCUCUAUGUUAAAUGAAGAGUGGUUUAUCUCUGUUCUUUUUCAUCGUUAGCUGUAGAAAUAAACACUUCUAAAUCAAUUUGAAAUUUUAGCUUUUGAUUUAAUAU